AUGCUGCGCCGCACACAUAUCGCCUUUACGGGCCGCGCCAUGAUCUCGCGUGGUAGCCCCGAGUGGUCUCAUCGCCUUGAUCUAAAGAAGGGCAAGAAAACGACGCUGGCACACAAGCUCGGUACCAGCAAGCCCAACAACGCCCUACAGUACGCGCAGAUGACGCUGCACGACUUGACGGAGUGGGUCUUGGCCUACUCGCCCUGGCCGCUCACCUUCGGUCUUGCCUGCUGCGCCGUGGAAAUGAUGCACUCCUACUCGUCGCGCUACGACUUGGACCGCUUCGGGAUCGUGCCCCGUCCGUCUCCUCGACAAGCGGAGAUCAUUAUUGUAUCCGGCACCGUAACGAACAAGAUGGCACCGCUGCUGCGAAACAUCUAUGUGCAGAUGGUGAACCCAAAGUGGGUGAUUUCGAUGGGUAGCUGCGCCAACGGCGGCGGCUACUACCACUUCUCCUACGCUGUGCUUCGCGGCUGCGAGCGGUCGAUCCCGGUCGACUUCUGGAUCCCUGGCUGCCCGCCGUCUGCCGAGAGUCUCGUGUUUUGUCUGCACAACCUGCAGAAGAAGAUUCGCUGGCACGAAAUUCAAAAGUAUUCGGUGCGGUAA